CCUCUCUGGUUCACGCGUCGCUAAGAGCGAAGGACGGUGCGAACGCUCCCCUACCCAACCCCACCAUUUCAUCUUCUCCUCUCCGCUAUAUAUCCCCACGAAACCUCCAUAGCUGAAAGCUCAAAAACAGCAGAGCAGGGGCAAUUGAACCCCUAAAGAAAGCCAAAAAAAAAAUCCACCCAAUUCAGAACCGACAUCUCCCAUUUUCCCUAUCCCCCUCAUCUCAUCCCUUUCCGAAGGAGGAAGAAAGGGUGAGUGAAAUUUAGCAUACCCAAACGUGUUUUGAGGUUCAGGACCUCAUUUCUCUCCCCUUUUCUUCUCAAUCCUAUACUGGGUUUUGCUCUUUUGAGCUUGUGAGGAAAGCUUUGUACGGGUUUCGAAUAGGAUCCAUGGGGACGGAGGUUUUACGGCCGCAGGACUGUUUGAUCGAACGAAUUAGAGUAGGUCCGGCGGUUUUUCCUCGCCGGAAGAAUAGCUAUGGCAACCCUAGGAUUAAUCGGAAACCGGCGGUCCGGCUCGAGAAGUCGGACCAGAAGAAACGGAUCCACCAGCCGGAGGCGUCGAUCUUGAAGAGAUCGAGCUGCGACGACCUCAGAUCGGCGAAGAGCGGAGGUGGUAAUCUCGUGAUGGGGCAGGUGACGAUUCUGAGACGGGGCGAGUCGUUGGAUUCGAAGCUUAAGAGCGAGGCCUUGAAGAAGAGCAGCGAGGAAAUGAUCGUGUGCGGGACCGAAAGGUUGGGGCCCGACCCGGAAAUGGUGCCGAAACAUAUCCGGAUCAAAGAUCCGAGGUCGGUGUUUUCGGCGCCGCCGGGGGUGUUCCGGCGAGACGUUUACGCCGGGUCGGCGUUUUCGGUCUCGCCGUCGCCGGAUGCGCUCCCUUUGCCGUCGUUCUACAAGAAGAAACAGGAAGUAUCGCCGGCCGUCGACGACUCGGCCACCAGAGAUCUCCGGCGCCUGCUCCGUCUCGAGUAAAGGAUCUGAUGGAUCCAAAUCCAAAUCCAAAUCCAAAUCCGAAAUCUAAAUGUUCCGAUCUGGCUGGUUAAAUUAUCCCUUCUGCGUUUCGCACCAUUAAAGUCUCCUCUCUCAUUUUCAGGGUCUGUUCUUCCAUGAUUUUUUUAAAUGGGGGGGCAGAUCCGAAAAUAGAGAAACAAUGGGGAGAAAUUAGAGAUGGUACGUGUUACUAUGCUCUACAACUAUUGUUGAUGCUGCUGCUGCUACUAUGUCUAUCUAGAACUAUAAGGAUGAAUCUGAAUUGCUUCAUGGGAUGGGAUGGGAUGGAGGUUUGGUUAAUUAUGGGGUUUUUGUUGGGUAGAAAAUGAAAUUAAUGGGGGUUAUGUAUGUAAUUUAAGGGAAAUAGUGUGGGUUGGGUAUGGUGUUUGUGAAUCUGUGGUCUAAUCGUCUGCUCUGCUGUGAGGGGUUUGUAGUUUGUACGUCUCUUCCUCCCCUGUAUUGUAAAUUUUAAGGAGAAAAAAAAAAGUAGGGAAGUGAGCAGAUAUCCUUUUUAUUGUCUUUCUCCUUUGUUGUUGAUCUUAAUUUUUAAGCUUCCUUUUAUUUUUUUCCUCUGCAGUUUCUUCUUUGUACAAGCUUCAGAGUCCCGUAAAGAGCAUCUGUAAAUUGACCAUGCUGCUGUCCGUGGAUCUCUGUUUUCUCUUAAUUUUAAUUAUUCCCAUGAUUUGAUUAGAUUAAAAA